AGGAGGCCGGGCGGGCCAUGGCGAGGGCUGGGCCCGGCGGGGCUGGAGGCUCGCGCCGCGGCCGCGGCCAGCGGCGGGCCCCGACCUGGGAGAUCUCAGACUCGGACACCGAAGGCCCCGCCGGCGCGGAAGCCAAUUCGGAGGCUGUCGCCAGGGCGCGGGACCCGGCAGAGGAGCGCAGGGCGGCCGCCCAGGCUCUGCGGCUGCUGCGGCCGGAGCAGGCGGUGCGGCGCCUAGUGGUGCAGGUGGACCCAGCCAUCCUAGAAGAUGCUGGCGCUGACAUCCUGUUGGAAGCCUUGAGCUCCCUGGGCUGUGAGUACCGCAUCGAGCCCCAGCGCCCCGCUCGGAGCCUCAGGUGGAGCAGAGUGAAGCCGGAACCCUGCCCCAGCAGUGUGCCUCCUGAGGUGUGGGCUGCUGGGGAGCAGGACCUCCUGCUGCUGCUGGAGCCUGAUGAGUUUCUGCAGGGCGUCCUCCAGCUCACACAGGUCUGUGGCCCAACCAGCUCGGUGCCCUGGAUCUUUCCUGAGAGCCCCGCCUGCCCCCACCUGGCUGUCAUCGGGCUGGAUGCCUACCUAUGGUCUCGCCAGCCCAACACCCGGGAGAUGCAGCCGCCGGAGAAUCCAGGGAUGGCCCGUGCCAUGAUGGCAGUCGGCUGGCCCGAGGUGGAGGAGGCCCUGGUGCUCCUGCAGCUCUGGGCAAACCUGGACGUGCUGCUGGUGGCCUCCUGGCAGGAGCUGAGUCAGCAUGUGUGUGCCUUCACCAAGGCCCUCGCCCAGCACCCCUUCAAGCAGUUCCAGGAGCACCAGGCCGUUUCCUUCCGCACAGCUGCGUGCUGGGUGGCAGGCGCACGAGUGACAAGAGAUGGCACAGGGCUGCGGGGCGCCUGGUGGCGGCAGAUCAGGCAGUUCAACCGGGUCAGCCCGGCCAUGGCCGAUGCUGUUGUCACCGCCUUCCCCUCUCCACGCCUUCUGCAGCAGGCGUACGUGGCCUGCGGCACAGAGCAGGAGCGCCUGGCUCUGCUGGCUGACCUCCCUGUGAAGGCGGACAAGGGCAAGAGGCCCCGAAGGCUGGGCCCUGACCUUUCCCGCCGCAUCUGCCUCUUCCUGACCGCCACCGACCCUGACCUCCUGCUGGACCUUAGCUCCUGACCAGGCCUGCCAGACCUACUGGGCCUUCUCCCGCCACCCAGCAGGACAGCAGGCCGUCCAGCAAGGGAGUGACCGGAAACCACGAGGGGUAGGAGGAGGAGAGCAGUCACCCAGCACUACCUGCCACUCUGCCUGGAAGGGGCUCUCGGUCAGACCUCAUCCCAAGGGGCAGGCACAGGUAGCAGGAAAGGUUCUUGGGUAACUGGGGUGAGCAGAAGAACUUCUUUCCACGAGAUGCCGGCUGGCUGGAGGGGCGAGAGAAUGGGGGCGGGUUUCACAUGCCCCCGAACCCUGGACACACUGGCCACAGGCCUGGUGGCCAGCUGGGACAGUCAGGAAGGGCUGGGAGCACCCAAGUCCCGGCCAGGGGACAAAUACCCAUUACUUGGAGGCUUGGCGGUGACACCUUCAGAGAGGAGAAGCAGUGAGAUGAAGUCUCAAGGGAGAAA